GCCGGACCAUGCUGUGCCACCUUACUGGUCAAGUCUCUGGGCGAAACAAGAGCGACAUUAAACUUAACAAUAACCUUUUAGAUAACAAGCCUUCCCUUCCUGAAUACAAAGUAGCUUCUGUCCAGAAACCUCGCUUCAUCCUUCUUCAUUACAGCAUCUUCAAAGCCCUCUGGGACUGGCUUAUCCUGUUAGCCACCUUUUAUGUGGCUGUCACUGUCCCUUACAAUGUCUGCUUCACGGGCCACGAUGACAGUGUGUCUGCAGCACGGAGCACUAUUGUCAGUGACAUUGCUGUGGAAAUG